AUCCUUACCACUCUGGCCUUUUGGCUUAGAUCAAGUGUAGUAUCUGUUCUUAAUAGUUUAACCACUAUUAUGAGGGCACCGCCCUCAUUCUUUGGUUAUCAAAUUUUUGCCGCCCUUGUUUCUCCGAGCUCUGCUUGCAACUUGGAGGACAUGAUGACCUUGCCUCUGCACUAUCGGCUUGCGUCGUCGGGGGAUUUCUUUCUCUUGGGAUCUCGUCUUCUCUUUGCCAUUGAGCCAAUACAUGGUCUGUUGACCAUGUCUAGUCCUUGGCAAACAGAAUUUGAUGAUUAUUUCUUUUGCUUCACUUAUCUGUCCAUAUGUUGACUCCGCUGUAUUUAUAAUAGGUUCAAUUAAUAUUGUAUGAGGUCUUUGACUCAAUCCGUUCUCAAUGUCCCGUCGAAAGUAUUCUACAGGUGUAGAUUUCUUGAUGUCGAAGAACGUCAAUCUAUAUACCGUUGUUCAGAAUUGCUGGAGAUA